CCGUUUCAUUCAUUAAGACAUUGUUGUUUUCAUUACCUUAACUUGCGACGAUGCCGACCCGAUCAACGGGAGUGAUAACCCAAGACUGGGAGCCCGUGGUGCUGCACAAGUCCAGGCCCAAGGCCCACGACCUGCGAAACCCGAAGGCCGUCAACCAGGCCCUACGCUCCGGAACGGAGGUUCUAACGGUGAAGAAGUUCGACGGCGGUUCCAACAGAAAGCCCGGUCCAGCUCUGAACACGAGGAAGCUUGACGAGGGGACGGAACCUGCGACUCUGGAGCGCGUGGCGGGGGAGGUGCGGCACGCGAUACAGAAGGCGCGUUUGGAGAAGAAGAUGAGUCAGGCUGAGCUGGCGAAGCAGAUUAACGAGAGGACGCAGGUUGUGCAGGAAUACGAGAAUGGCAAGGCUUUGCCUAACCAGGCCGUGCUUGCUAAGAUGGAGAGAGUCCUCGGUGUCAAGCUCAGGGGCAAAAUCGCUAAGUGA